CGGCUCCGGGGCCGCGACCGCGAACUUUGCAGUGCACGUCGCUAUUCCCGGAAGCGUGUGGGGCGGGCGGCUCCGCUCUCUGAUCGCCAUUCUUGCACUGUGGAACAGAGGAGCUCAGGCGCAGACCCUAGUUCAUCCGAGGUUUAACGAUCAUGGCAGAGCAGGAGCCCACCCCGGAGCAGUUGGCGGCCAUCGCCGCGGAGAACGAGAACACGGAAACGGUGGACUACCGGCCCCCGGCCCAGAAGAGCCUGCAGGAGAUCCAGGAGCUGGACAAGGACGACGAGAGCCUGCAGAAGUACAAGGAGGCGCUGCUGGGGAACCCCGCCAUCACCGCGGACCCCACUGUUGCGAACGUGCAGGUGACACGGCUGACAUUGUUGUGUGACACCGCCCCGGGGCCCCUGACGCUGGACCUGCAGGGAGACUUGGAGGCCUUUAAGAAGCAGUCCUUUGUGCUGAAGGAGGGGGUCGAAUACAAGAUAAAGAUCAGCUUUAAGGUGAACAGAGAGAUUGUCUCGGGACUGAAGUACGUACAGCAGACCUCCAGAAAAGGAGUCAGGGUUGACAAGUCGGACUACAUGGUGGGCAGCUACGGCCCCCGGCCGACGGAGUACGAGUUCCUCACCCCCCUGGAGGAGGCUCCCAAGGGCAUGCUGGCACGCGGGACCUACAACAUCAAGUCCAAGUUCACCGACGAUGACAAACACGACCACCUGUCCUGGGAAUGGAACCUCAACAUCAAGAAGGAGUGGAAAGACUGACCAACCCCCCGUCCCCCCCGUCAACCCCUCUCUCUGUCCCCCUGUCUUUCUCCUCCCUCCGUCCUUCCCUUCUUAUGGAUCAGAUGCAAGACCAGCGCAAGCUCUCUGUCCGUCCAGUCUUUCCCAGUCCCCCCCCCCCCCCCCCAGUGUCCCUUUCUCACCCCCCACCCCCCACCCCUACACACCACCCCUCCAGCAGCUCAGCAGUACGGAAGUUUCUGGAAACAGAAAUGUAUGAAAACAAACAAAAACAAGUGUGCACUGUCCUACUUUUGUGUUUUGUUUUGUUUAAAUAUAAAGGAUGAAAAAAGAAAGAAAGAAAAAAAAUGGAAGUGUGGCACAGCUGUUACCGGUGCUCCUCUCUCCUCCGUCAGCGUCCAUUCCUGUUCCUGUAAACUUCCUCUUCUCCCACUCCCCUCUCCUCUCUCCUGUUCUCCCUCUCCUCUCUUUCUUCUUCUCCCACUCCCCUCUCCUCUCUUUCCUGAUCUCCUGCUCUCCUCCCUCUGUCCUCAUCUCCCUCUUUUCACCCUCUCUCCCUAUGACAUUCCUUUUUUUCUUCAUAUCUCCUGAAUGUGUGUGUUCUGUAUAUCUUCUGUAUGGUAAUUAUCUCUCUCUCUCUUUUCACCCUUUGCCUUAUGCUGACUCCCCUGGGCAGGAUGGGCGAGAGAGGGCCCUAUUCCCUCAUGUUCAGGUUCUUUAAGGGAGGCGCUUGUGUCUGGCACCAUCUGCCAGUCAACCCGUCUCCUCCCCCAGUCUUCCUGCAGGGAAGUUUUACUGUCACAUUCAGCCCCCACCAAGACCCUUGACCCUCCCCCACCCCCCUCCAGACGCACUGGCCCAUCAGCAGAUCCCUCUAAAUAUCCAGAACCUGGUGUCUCCUCAUUACAUUUCACCUGCCGCCUUGUGGCCUUAUGAAGUCAUUCCUGCUGCGAGAGGUGACUCUGUUACGAGCCUCCUGCCUGUCAGAAUGCAUCCUUAGCCCCUCCCCCUCUACAGGUACCCCCCUGAGCGUGACGCUGUGGGUGUGGCCUGGGCCUAGUGCGGUCACGUUUCUCCUCUGGCGUGUCUGGGAUAGAGAGUGCCACCUGAAGCACGUGAAUAAGGUUUUCGGGGGGGGGGGGUGGGGGGGUUGAGGGGCUUUCCAUGGGUUCAUGGUGCUGCACCUUCCACCGGUCCAGGAAGUUGCUGUUCCUCUUCCCUGCAGGGAGAGGAAGUGAGGUCACUCUCCGCCUCCCCGACACUCCUUGAUUCCCAUUACCCUGAGUCUGUCGGGACCAGUGUUGCCUUUUUAAAAAAAGAUGUGCCUGAGCAGAGGAAUAGGGAUGAAAGUGGCCUCUGGUCUGAUAGCAGUAUCAAAACCCGUCCGGGUGCCUGUGGGCUGACCCCCCCCCCCCCCCCACUGCACUCUCUGUAAAAGCGCAUUAAUAAACCAGCCCGUCGGUGAGAGGGGUUUGGGAGCAGGUGCGCUGGUGCGACAGGUGAGCAGGUGCGCUGGUGCGACAGGCGAAGGUCUGAUGCAGUGUGCGAGUAGCGGUCCGUUUCUGCCUCGAUAUCCCCCCGUACUCUAACAUGGGCUGUGGCUCCAGGCACUCCGGGGAUUUUAUCAUUAACACGUUUUGUACACUCCAUAUUUUUUCACCUUCACGGUUUCAUUUUAUUAAAAAGAAUUAUGUAGUUUUUUGGUGAUUUCAACUGUGUGCUACUCAUUGAUAUUUGUAAGAUUCCUGUUCACCUGGGUCACCAUUAAAAAUAGUUCAGACUGAACGCCGUUGCCUGUCCUGUUUUCACUGUUUGUCACCUUCCACCUGUAGGCAAACAUUUGGUGACCAUGGUUUCCUCUGCCCAUACUGAGAAUGUUCUGGAACUGUCCCAGGGGUGUGGACCUGCUGCGUCAGGCUGGUACCCCAAGACCCAGGCUCACUGAAACCCUGUACCAGUUUAGCAGGCUGGCUGAUUUCUGAUUUCUCUCACUUUGUAAACCCAGACUGGGCAAGAACAUGACCAAGAGGAACGGCUGGGCUAUGUCAUUGAAGAAUAUACUGAUCAAUAUAAUGAGUUGAGAUACAAUAGUCUGUUUUGAUUAAUAAUUACUCCUUGUGAUUUAUCCAAUAUCAUUAUUUUUGUCUGGUUGCUGUUUUAUGAUCUGUAUUGAUGGUAAUCUUGGUUGAAUUGUUUUUCAUAAUCAUUUCUCUGUGAUGAGGAAAAAGCGAGUGUGAAUGUGGGACCUAAAAUAAAAUUAUAAAUGGA